AUGGUCUCGGGCGCGCUCGCGCGGGAGGUGGGUACAAACGGAUUCUUGGGUGGCGACGGUGUGUGGCCCUGCCCCCCCUAUUACAUCACAAUCGAAUGGACGAGCUCGCGCUGAGGGGCCAACGGCCGGUGCUCGAGCGGCUGUCGGUAGGCGGCGGGGACGCGGCCUCCGGUCAGGGGUUCGAUACCGCUGCCACCGCUCAUCCUCUACGCUUCGCCAGGCGUGGGGGUAAACCGGGGGCAGCCGUCCGCUUCGUGCCCCGGGCCGAGCGGGAGGGGGCUGACGGAGACGACGACUCGGAGCUGGGUUCUUCCUCCUCGCUGCUGCUCUUGUAUCCGGAGAAGGAGCCGCUCCUGAGCUGCCUAAGCCCGGGCGACAGCUGCUCCGAGCACCCGCAGAGCCCCAGCAGCCAGGGCCCCGACCUCAACCACUUCCCCGAGGACCCCGAAUUCACCGACGUUGUCUUGCGGGCCGAGCAGGCGAUCGAGAACGGCGUUUACCCGCAGAGGAUCUCGCAGGGGUCGAGCGGCAGCUACUUCGUCAAAGAUCCUAAGGGGAAAAUAAUUGGAGUCUUCAAGCCAAAAACAGAAGAACCCUAUGGGCAGCUAAAUCCAAAAUGGACCAAAUUUUUCCACAAGAUCUGCUGUCCUUGCUGUUUUGGUCGUGGAUGUCUCAUACCUAAUCAAGGUUACUUGUCAGAAGCUGGCGCUUACCUUGUAGAUGAAAAACUAGGCCUGGGAGUUGUACCAAAAACAAAGGUAGUCUGGCUUGCAAGUGAAACAUUCAACUAUAGUGCAAUAGAUCGUGCAAAAUCCAGAGGAAAGAAAUAUGCUCUUGAAAAAGUACCAAAAGUUGGUCGGAGGUUCCAUAGGAUUGGACUGCCUCCAAAGGUUGGCUCCUUUCAACUGUUUGUAGAAAACUACAAGGAAGCAGACUAUUGGCUUCGGAAAUUUGAAGCUGAUCCAUUACCAGAAAACACUCGCAAGCAACUUCAGUCUCAGUUUGAGAGAUUGGUAAUUUUAGAUUACAUAAUUAGGAAUACAGAUAGAGGAAAUGAUAACUGGCUGAUGAAAUAUGAAAAGCCAGAAACCACAAAAGAGCUUUCUGAUAAGGACUCUGAAUGGGCACAUAGCAAAGAGCCAGCCAUUAAAAUUGCGGCUAUUGACAAUGGAUUGGCUUUUCCAUUUAAACAUCCUGAUGAGUGGAGAGCCUAUCCGUUUCACUGGGCCUGGCUUCAUCAAGCUAAAAUUCCUUUUUCGCAAGAGACAAGAGACUUUGUUCUUGCCCGAAUUUCAGAUAUGAAUUUCGUUCAGGACCUCUGUGAGGAUCUAUAUGAACUCUUUAAGACUGACAGAGGAUUUGACAAACCCACCUUUGAAUUGCAGAUGUCAGUGAUGAGAGGACAGAUUUUGAACCUUACUCAGGCACUUAAAGAUGGGAAAAGUCCCAUUCAGCUUGUCCAGAUGCCUCGUGUGGUUGUGGAAAGAAGUAGUUCUGGAAGUCAAGGCAGGAUAGUCCACCUGAGCAAUGCCUUCACCCAGACAUUUCAUUGCAGAAAGCCAUUCUUUUCAUCUUGGUAGUGAAUGUAUAAGGAAACCAAUUUGCCAUUUGAAUGGUUUCUAACUACCUGUUUGAUACCACUGUAAAUAUGCAAUAAGAUGAAAAUCAAAGGGGACAGCUUAAGUUGCACUGGAUGUCUCCUUUUGUGGAAACAUAUAAAUGAAUUGGAAAUUGUAUCUUAUUUGCCAAAAAUAGUUGCUUUGGUGUAAUUCAUCAAAUGUUAGAUGCUGAAAGUAAUGUUUACAUUUUUUGCUAUGUGAAAAUUUUGAACCAAUUUGUCAGGGAACAUGUAAACUACUGUCUUAAUGUAUUUUUAUACAAAAAUUUAAAAAUUUCCAACAGUAAUGUAUUAAAUAUCUGGGCAAUACUGUCCUAAAGGGAAUUUCUUAAGAUGUUUGUUUGUAUGUUCAAACCAAAAACUUUUAAUUUCAUACAGAGAAUGAGAAAAUGUUUUUGUAAACAGCACUGAUCACUGUAUUUCUUUCAUUGAAAGGCAUUAAAACAAUGUUGAAGCACA